UUACACGAGUGUAAAUUAUAGCGAUAAAUACAUAAAUAUAUUAAAAGAAAAAAAAAACAAUGAAAAAGAUUUGCUUGGAAAUAACAAAAGAAAGUGAUCUGAAAUGAAAUAAAGAAAAAGAAAGAAAGAAAGUAAAGAAAGAAAAAUUUUCUUGCAGACUACCAAUAACAAAAAGUUGGAUAAACAUUUUUAAAACAAAUAUGAUAAUUUUAUCUCUCUUAAAGUUAAACGAAUAGUUUGUGGAUAAGUAAACAAAAAUUCAAGUGCUACAGUUAAGUGCAGAAGAAGAAGAAGAAGAAGAAGAAGAAGAAGAAGAAGAAGAAAAGAAGAAGAAGAAAAAAAAAGUAAAAUAGAAGAAGAAGAAGAAGAAGAAGAAGAAGAAGAAGAAGAAGAAAAAGAAGAAGAAGAAGAAGAAGAAGAAGAAGAAGAAGAAGAAGAAGAAGAAGAAGAAGAAGAAGAAGAAGAAGAAGAAGAAGAAGAAGAAGAAGAAGAAGAAGAAGAAGAAGAAGAAGAAGAAGAAGAAGAAGAAGAAGAAGAAGAAGAAGAAGAAGCAAAGAAAUGUAAACGCAUCUAACUAGUUAAUUAUUCACCAAUUGAAAGAAUGAUCAAGAUAAACAGAAAACAAAAAUGCAACAGCCCAAAAGUCAAAGUACCCAAAAUAGAAAUAAACGAAUGUAAAAUGAAAACUAAGGACCAGAAAAAAUUGGAAAACGAAAUGUUCAAGCAAGCUAAAGAUGCACAAAUUUUGUUAGAGAAACUUUUAUUACAAAGUGAAAGCGAUGAGGAGUAUAGAGAAGGUAGAACACGUUCAAAUUCAUUAAACGCGACGAUGGAGAACUUGUUGUUGACAAGGCAUAAAGCUGAGUUGAAUAUGAAACCAAGAGGGAGUGUUCCAAAUAUAGCAAAUAUAUCACGUAGGUUUUUCUGCAAAGGUAGUAGAGAGAACAGUCCUCGUCAGCCUUCGUCGCCAGUCUCCUCGCCGGAUACGGUUCGAUCAACGCGAUCAAUUAUGAAUCCAAUGAAAUACAUACGCAAACAUGCCGAGGCUGAUAUUAAUACCUCGGACGUUAAAUCUCCAAAAUAUAAAAAAAAGAUUGCAGAUUCCGUGGAGGAGAAUGCGUCAUGCACUAGUUUUAAACCAGUAGGAAGUGACGAAAUUAUUCGAAUGGACGAAAAUGAACAAGCAUGGAAAGAAAAGUUAAUUUGACGUCCAAAAUAAAUUUAAUCGUUAUCUACUAUUAUCUUGCCAUUUUAUUGGAAUUGUACAUGUUUCUUAAAAUCAAUUCUAAGCUUAGAGUUACACACAAUGAGUAGCGUAGCGUACUAUUCAAAAUUUUAUGCUACGAUUACAUUGCUAAAAUUUUAGCAAUAUUGUCGGUCAAACCUCGUUGAAAUAUCAAAACGCCUCAGAAAAUUUUGCUAAAUGUUGUCCACAAUAGAACUCUCCUAAAGUAAAAGUUGAGUCUAGUUGCAACAACAUUUUGGAUUUUAACUGUAAUUCUGUUUUAAAACUUGAAUUAAGUAAGGAGGUCGGUGGGGGAAGAACAUAGCAUCACAACACAGCAUCAUAGACAAGCGUUCAAUUUCAUUUAUUUGUCGUUGGCCCCUAAAUUUUCUGUAGGAAUUUCAAAAGAAGCGAUUGCUAAAAAAAAAGCCCUACGAUCCCUUUCUGUACUCGAGAUAGAAGGUAUAUUUUAUUGUGAGUAGAUUUCUUCAUUAAUUUUGUAUAUCUUAAGAGUUUAUAUCUGAUAUUAUGUAAAGUAGGUAUUUGACAGAAAUAAAAAUAAAAACUGCUA